AUGUUCUCUCCAGUGCGCUCGUUUGUGCGGCUCUUGUCGGCUUCUCCAAUUCCAGGUGCAAUUCCCAAGAGAACCAAAUUGCCUCCGAGGCCCAAGUGGCUCAUCAUCGAAGAUGAGCUUGAUGAAAAGUUUCUCAAGGGAGGACGGGGUCCAGGCGGCCAGAAAAUCAACAAAACCAACAGCAAAGUCCAGCUUACCCACAAGCCGACUGGAAUUGUUGUGACUUGUCAGUAUUCCAGGUCGCAAGAACUGAACCGGAAGAAGGCCAGGGAAAUCUUGGCCUUGAAGUUGGAGGACAUUCAGAGUCCUGAGACAAGCAGAAACGCAGUCAUUGGUGAACGGAAGAGUAAGCUCAAGCAGAGUAAGGCCAAAAAGUCCAACCGGAAAUACAAGGCCUUGGAUGAAGUCCGUGCCGAAACGAGAGCCAAAGAAUCGGAGGCUGAAGCUGCUGAAGUGGAUCCUGAAGACGAGUUCAACCGUAUGCUUGCUGAGGCAGCACUUCGUGCAAAGAAUACUCCGGAGUCGUAG